UCUUGAAAUAAUCUUAACUAUAAAAUAUGUUGGCGAUCACCUUCGAUAUCAAGAACAACUUGAAAGUAGUAGGAGCUGGUUAUAUCAAUAAUGACAGGAGGACCCUCCAAAUAGUGGAAUUUGAAGACAACGACUACUUUUCUUAUCUCGAGUCACUAAUAAUUCAGAUAUCUUCGCAAGAAGGAGAUGCUAAGAGCUUUAAUGUCCAGAUCAACAUGCCACCUGACGAUUCCUAUUCCUCCAGAGUUGAGGAGAUAUUCUCCAACUGUGAUGUAGAGUUUCUUCAUGGUAAUAGGAGUGACUUCAAGGCAGAUGAAGUUGAGAAAUAUCUCUCCUCACUCUUAGAAAAUGACAUCAAGCACUACGAAACAGAAAUGUCGAAAAGUUUGGGCCUUUCAGCCUUAAGCGCAGCCAUUAGUGCUUCUAAUGUUUACCAAGAACUAGGAAAUCAUGGGAAGUAUUCUUUAGAAAUCUACCCCAUGAGUCAGUAUAUGAGGUUGGAUACAGCCGCGAUUAAUGCUCUGAAUCUUUUCCCGCAAAAUUACAAUGCGGCAAAUCAAUUCAUCACAAAUGAUGUAACAUCGAUCUACGAGAUUAUUAACCAUACUAAAACGAGCAUUGGCUCUAAACUUCUCAAAACAUGGAUGAAACAGCCUAUCAGAGAUGAGAAAGAGAUCCUCAGAAGACUCGAUAUUGUAGAGUUCUUCAUCAAGCACAGUGAAGAGAGAGCUACUAUUCAAGAUCAACACCUCGGCAAGAUUCCUGACGUAGAGAAGCUUCAUGUAAAGUUUUACAAGGUAAAGAACGGUCUCCCCAACAGAGCAAACCUUGCUGAUUGAGUUAAAGCUUACAACAUGAUCUGCUGAUUUGAAGAGGUUGAGGAGAUUCUUAAUAAUCUUGGACUUGAUCAAAAGCAUCCAAUUUCUGAAAAUUACACUCAGAAAAUAUCCGAAAUCAUCAAGGAUUUUUCAAACCUUAAAGACCUUAUUGAAGAGGGAAUCGACAUCAACGAAGUUGCCUCAGGAGACUAUAUUAUCAAUCCAGACUACAGCGAAGAGCUCAAGAGACUUUAUGAAGAAAUCAAGGCUAAACAUAAAGAGAUGGAGCAAUAUAGAGAUGAACUCAAUGAGGAAUUUAAGUUAGAUAAGACCCCGAUAGUCCUUGUUGAAUCCAACUCUCAUACCUAUGUGUUUGAAAUCAACAAAAAGGCCGGAGAUAAGCAUAUCAGAAAAUCUGAAGAUUACACAGUUGUCCUCUCAAAGAAAGUUUACAUGUCCUUCACCUCUCCAAGACUUGAGAAUCUAGUCGACGAAUUUAGAGAGCUUCAGGAGAGCUAUAAAGUAGAGCAAGACGAACUUGUUCUAAAAGUUCUGGAUAUUGUAGCAACCUAUUUUCCAGUCAUUGAAAGAGCAUCAAAUCUCAUUGCAGAGUUUGACGUAUUGCUUGGAUUUUCAGUAGCCUCUACUAGCUCAUCAUCUGAUUACUGUAGGCCAGAGAUUGGCAGCUCUAUUGAGAAGUUGAACCUGACUAAUUCCAGGCACCCACUUAUUGAGAGAAUUAAUCCACAAGGAUGUAUUAGCAAUGACUGCAAUAUGGUCAGAGGAUUCUCAAAUUUACAAUUAAUAACAGGUCCUAAUAUGGGAGGAAAGAGCACAUACAUCAGGCAGAUAGCCAUCAAUGUGUUGUUAGCACAUAUUGGCUGCUUCAUUCCUUGUGAAUCUGCCGAGAUUCCUAUCCUUGAUGCUAUCAUUGCAAGAGUUGGAGCCUCAGAUCAUCAAUUAAAAGGAGUUUCAACAUUUAUGGCGGAAAUGCUUGAAGCUGCUUGACUCCUCAAAUCUGCUACUCAAGACAGCCUGAUCAUCAUGGAUGAACUAGGUAGAGGUACUUCUACAAGUGAGGGGUUCGGUCUUGCCUGGGCAAUAGCAGAAUACCUUGCAAACGACAUCAAUUGCUACUCUUUCUUUGCAACUCAUUUCCAUGAGCUCACAUGUAUUGAUAAAGAAGUGAAGAAUGCUAAAAAUUAUUAUGUAGAUGUUCUUGCAAAAGAGGGAGAACUAACGAUGCUAUAUAAAGUAAAAGCAGGAGUGAUCGAUAGGUCCUAUGGUAUUCAUGUUGCAGAGAUGCUUAAAUUCCCUCAGGAAAUCAUAGAUGAGGCUCAGUUUAUAUCUAAUCAGCUCGAAGGCCAUUAAAUCAAUAAAUUCUUUCAACUUCUGGCUAA